CAGUUCUACACCUGCAACGCUCUUGCCUUGCUCAGUCGGGAAUGAAUAUGAAUCGGGUCUGACGUUGCCUGUUCAGCGACCAAUCGGAAGGCAGAAGCUGACAAGGGACAGGGUGUAUUUCACGCACACUAAGCACCGAGCUUCAACGACUACAUUUCCGUGAACUACGUUGUCACCGUCGCAAAAGCAAGAUGUCCAUCGACAUUGUUGAUCUGGAGGACAUAGUCACCACAUUCUUCUUUGAGGAGUGGAUGGAGGACAAGAAGAAGAAAGAAGCUGACCGCGAGAGUGUUGAGAUCAAAUGGGACCGCGUUCGGUUCACCCACUCCCCGGCGAAGUACGUUAAGGAUGAAGAGGAGAAGAACGGUGAUGAGGAGGGGGAGAACGGCGAAGAUGCCGACCCGGAGAAGAGGAUUGCGAAAGGUGGGAAUCCCAACGCUCACGUGAUAUUUACUGCGUUCUUUGCGAACAAUACUGAGGCCGAACAAGUUCACACGUUAACGACGGAACGUCGGACAAAGUCGACGUGCACUGUCUCGUUAUCUAAAGCAUACACAUUGGGAGCAUCGGUGAACAUUCGGAUCACACCUCCUAACCCUAUUGUUGAAGCAAACGCCGGAUUUAAAGCCGAGAUGUCGAAAAUGAAGGGUUUGAGUGAGACUGUCGAGAAGGAGCUGACGUGGUCAGUCAACAGUCAGAUCAAGAUCCCCAAGAAGUCCCGGACACGAGUGGACCUGGUCAUCAAGGAGGAGGAGUAUGAUGGCCGCUUCACCAUGGACACCAAGAUCGAGGGGAACGUCAUCAUCACGGCGUGGACCAAGAACAGGGACAAGCACGUGAGCUCUGCUAACAUCAAAGUAGCCAGUAUCUUCGCAAAGAACAAAUACUUUAAAGUGGACAAACCCAAGAACGCGGCGGUCUUCGUCACCCAGGGAAACUGUAAAUGUCGCUUCGGAAUUGAGCAGAAUAUGGAACAGACGGAACUCCCGCUCUUAAAAUGAAUGACCUUGACAUUUAUAGAUCCCCAAGUGCUGUCUUUAUGCAAUGGAUGCUACAUCUCACCGGUCAUCGUGAGUAUGUUUGAACUAUGAGAAGCAGCGAAGGGCCGUGAGUGAUUCAAGCUAGGACAAUGAUGGACAGGACACAUUUCAUAAUGUAGUGUUUUUAUAUAUUUCAUCGAGCAUUGGUGCUUCAGUUAUUAUAUUAUUAUUUACAUAUAUAUAUGCAUAUGGACUCCACGUCAACAUCAAUCUUCUAAAGGAAUAUCCGCUGCAGUAUACGCCCCAGGACGCUGAAAAUGCUAUUUCAGUGAUCACUGAUCCUUUGAUCAUUCGCAUUGAAGGCAGCCCCCGUGAUGCGUAGGCUUGUGUAUUGUAGCGGAGUAUUACGAUCACUAUUAUAGGAGUAUAGUAAUCAUUCUUUGUCACCAUGCAGGUGAUUCCUUAUCGACGAUGUGAGAUGUGGCAAUGCACGUGUUCGUCUCGCACGUCCAGUAGACACGCCGCUAUUAAAUCAUAACCCGUCAUGUCAUACAGCAUAUUCGUUUUCAGGUUGUAGUCUUCUUUAAUGAUUGCUGGCUUCGAGUCUCUGUUAUAGUUUCGCAUGAACAAGAAUUAUGAAAAAAGAACUUUGAUUAUUUUUGUUUGCGAACACUCUUGAAAUAUUUCAUGUCAAAAUCCAAAGAAGCGUCGUAAACGAAUGUAAGUUUUUUUCAAAGGGAGGUAACUCUGAUUUCUGCAAUGGUGAGGGUUAGUCUCAAAAGUGAACCGGAAUGUUUUCAGUUGUUCGGGGGAAAUCGAUGAAGGCUUUCAUGAACUUUAUCUGUGAUAUGUACAAAUACAUUUCAUCUGUUUGUGUUCAUUCUCUGGUUCGUAAUAUCGUUUGGAUCAUUGAAGUUUUACUCAUUUCUUUGGUCAAUAUUUCCUCCUGGCAGUCACAACGACAAAGAGUCACGAUAUGGCUGUAAUACUGCCGAUGUGACUUCACAUUUGAACUCACUACGACAUGACCCACACUGCUGUUCAGAAAAAAAAAAUCAUUUUUAUUUCUUAGCCAAAGAAUUGUUUUACAUGAAUGUUAUAGUUAACAUGCUUAAGGAAAAUGUGAAUAAAUUAUUAUUAUUAUUAUUAUUA